CCCGGUCAUAGCUUCAGUGGAGCAACCACACAUUACUCACACAUAAUGACUAUUAAAACAGCGCACUGCUGAAUCCACGCAGACACACAUUCCGCCAGUUUGGAUGACUACCUGAAAACUCGUAAAACGUUAUUUAUGUAGACGACUGAGUUGCGCGUGCGCCGUGAUCCUACGUUUCCCCCCAGCUUGAGGUAACGCUAUGUUGCUUGGCUUUAAAACCAGCAGCUGCACCAGGAGCAGAGGCGCAGACCCAGUGCAACAUCAGAGCGAGUCACACGGGGAGGACAGCACCACAGCUCCCGGCAGGGGAUCGUAGCGGGGCUCCAGGCGAACAUGCAGCCAUUUCUGUAGAAAAACGACCUUUGCGUUUUUUAUAUGGAGGGCGCACUCAUGUGGAUGAUCUCCCACAGCCAGGUCCACGCAGUGAGAUGAUCUAUUUUUGUGAUGGCGAAGGGUCUGUUUCCACGGGCCUGGGUGAAAAAGUCGUUCUACUUCCAGGCUCGGAUCUCCUUCGUGCGGGUGAAGUAUCUGUUCCUGACCUGGCUGGCGGUGCUGGUGGGCAGCUGGGUGCUCUAUGUGCAGUACUCAGCGUACACAGAGCUGUGCAGAGGACACGAGUGCAAGAAUGCCAUCUGUGAUAAAUACAAGAAGGGGAUAAUCGAUGGGUCUGCAUGCAGCAGCCUGUGUGACAAAGACACUCUCUACCUGAGCAGGUGUCUGUCAACGCUGGCUAAUAACCAGGUGUACACAGGAAGCUGGGGGGACCACGAUGGGAUCAUCCGCUGUAAGCUGGGGGAGGUUGUGCACUUAGAGCUGGGCGAGGAGCCGGAGCCCCGGAGAGAAACCCCCGUGUUCGACAAGCCCACCAGAGGCACCUCAGUGGAGAAGUUCAGAGAGAUGGUCUUUAAUCACCUCAAGUCCAAGCUCGGAGAGCAGACUAACCUCGCCAGCCUCGUCAGCCAGAUCCUCACUGUCGCCGACGGCAACAAAGAUGGACGGGUGUCACUACCAGAAGCCCGCUCUGCGUGGGCCCUCUUGCAGAUGGAUGAGGUGCUGCUGGGCCUCCUGCUGCAGGACCGCGGUCACACUCCUCGCCUCCUGGGCUUCUGCGGGGAUCUGUACAUGACGGAGCGCGUCCACUACGGGCCCCUGUACGGUUUGUCUCUCCCAUGGCCCCUGGUGUCCUGGGUCCCCAGCAGCAUGCAGCGCUCCAUGGACCAGUGGUUCACCCCCUCAUGGCCUCGCAAAGCCAAGAUCUCCAUGGGCCUCCUGGAGCUGGUGGAGGACCUCUUCCACGGCACCUACGGCAGCUUUCUGAUCUGUGAUCUCGCCGCGGCGCACUUUGGUUAUACCGACCGACACGAGCUCCGUCUGACUGACGCCCGGGCGGUGGUGUCUGAGGACGAGUUCAAGCGCACCAUGCGGGCGCUGAAGUGCGAGACGGACGCUGACUGUGUGUACGGGGUGGACUGCAAGACCUUGUGUGAUUUGUCGGAGAAACGAUGCAAGGAGGAGCCAGUUCAGCCCAACCUGGCGAAGGCGUGCGGCACACUGAAGGACUACCUCCUGCGGGGGGCGCCCUCAGGGAUGAGGGAGGAGCUGGAGAGGCAGUUGUACUCCUGCAUGGCUCUCAAAGGUAGUAAUGCUGGACAAAUGAACAUGGAGCACUCCCUUAUUCUCAACAACCUGAAGGCUCUGCUGUGGAGACAGAUCUCGCACACCAAGGACUCGUGACGAGGACGGGAAGUCACCUGAAGUCGGUUCCUCACACGGAGUAUUAAAGAUGCUGUGAUUUAGGAAUAGCACAUUUAAUGAAGUAGUUUUGAUUUACUCUAUACACUCUUGAACGGUCGGACUGAUGGAGACUCUACCUCCAUCAGUCUGAGCGUCAGAGGUUCGGGCCUGGAAAACAAGGCUAAGAACUUUGAAAUACUAAACUCGACUGAAUGUUUGCAUGUUACCAUCAGUCAUACUUAAAACACUAUAUUGUAUUGUAUUGUUCACCACAGUGGAAUGUUUUUGGGGGCACUGCUGGAAAAAUGAAACGUCUCGCGCUGAGAGACAAAAUUGCUGUUUUUGCCACUAAAUCAUGCAGGUAUGUAUGGCCUGAGAAGGAUUUCAAAUCACGGUGUUGUACAAAGCCCCAGUUGGAAGUGUAAUGACACUAUUAUAAGAUAGGCUCCUUGACUUUGUUAUGUUGAAUGGGACAUAUCAUGAACAUCUCACUUUCCUAUUGCUUCUGCACUUACAGUCCAUAUCAGGAAAGCCUACCUCCGCACAAACUGAGAAAUAAGAUAACCCAGUUAGUUUCCUUCAUUAAAAAACAUGUGACUCAACAAGUCAGCUUUACAAGUACCUUUGCAAAGUUGCGCCAUAUUCUUUUCGCAAGCCAAUUAAAGCAGACUUGGCUUUUUCAAGACGAGGUCUUAAAGAGACAGGCGCUCAAACGGACUGUUUUGGACAGACACUGAAUAGUUAUUUUGAGUGACAGAAUGAGAAAAAUAAUGUGUUUGUUGAACAUUGAAGCAUGAAAAGAUUAUCGAUUACAACCCAUAAAACAAGUAAGAGCCUGAAAAUGAGCAUGAUAUGUCUCCUUUAAAGUUGCUUUUGAGCACUAUAGCAUAAUCAGGGAGUGUACCUAAGGUUAAGAUAAGGCUGGUGAUAUUCCAUAUUUUCGUUUUACAGAAAAUUCUGUGAAAAGACCAAACAAAGGUUUAUUUUUUAGUACUACGCUGUCUUAGAGUACGACUUAGAGUAUACAUCUUUAUAAACAGCUUGUUAAAAGAAAGUGAUUUUGUUUUUCUUGUACAGACUAAGCUGCUGAUUAAUUCAAAUGUGGUGCAUUAGUGAGUAUUGAAGGCAGCACGACAGUGUGUGGCAUCGACCAAAAUGAAACCCAAGUUCAUUCAAAUGAAGGAACGAAAAUGAAGGUCACCCUGCUCAACUAUUUAAGACUUCCACUUUAGACUUGGCUACAAAGAUUGUACAGAAUGGUGAACUGCUGGUUUUCAGGGGUUGUCUUUACAAUAAUUAAAAUAUAGAAUAUCACAAGACUUCAUCUUUAACACGUAGCCUACAGAUAAGUGACAAUUUAAGGGAAAAAUGAAAAGAUUUGUAGCAAAAUGAAACAAAGGACAUGUCUUUAUACAGGGUACAGAGAAGAAGACCGUCUAUGCCAAGAAGCAUUGAAGCUUUUCCUAAUUGUCACUCAUCUGCAUAAGGCCGUUUAUUACAUUCAAAGUGGAAAACUUGAAGGAUAUGUCUGUCAGUAUUCCACGACAACAUUCUGUAUGUCAGUGCAUUUCACUGCUGUACAUUUCUCACCUGUAACACUAGUGACAUUGUCAAAGCUGAAUCAAUGACAAGGAAUAUUAAUGUAUUUCAUUUGUGAAUGUUAUCUACUUGUAUUUCUCACUACAAAGAGCAUUUGUAGUAUUGUGCUGUAUCACAUUUUUGGGUUUUUUGACUCAUUCACGAAUGUUUGCCACCUGUGAUGGAGAUCUUUAUCAACGUGUGGUCACAUCUGAAUGCUGUACAAAGAGGAUUUUUCAUGAUCCCUUCUGGAAGUUGUGAAGCUGCUGAGACCGACUCAACAUCCUGGCUUGUGUAACCACUUUAAAUACAGACAUGACCUGUAGCAUGUCGAGCUUGUGGUCAACGCUGCUGUUUGAAUUUUGAAAAUGUAAAAAAAAAGUUGACUUAUUGAAGAGACCAGCAUGAUUUGCACAAUUAAACUACAUACCACUUCAC